UCGGCUCGGCUCGGCUCGGCUCCGCUCCUCACCGCACCGGCCUCGCGCGGGAGGGAGAGACGGAGGGGCGUGCGGCCCCCUCCGAGUGGCGGCCCCGGGCCGCGGCCCCCCUUUGCGGUCGGAGAGGCGUGCAGCACCGGGCCCUGCGAUGCCGUUUGGUUGUGUGACACUGGGAGACAAGAAAGAUUAUAACCAGCCGUCCGAGGUGACCGACAGAUAUGACCUGGGCCAGGUCAUCAAAACGGAGGAGUUCUGUGAAAUCUUCCGGGCCAAGGAGAAGACGACAGGGAAGCUGUACACCUGCAAGAAGUUUCUGAAGCGGGACGGGCGGAAAGUGCGGAAGGCAGCCAAAAACGAGAUCAUCAUCCUCAAAAUGGUGAAGCACCCCAACAUCCUGCAGCUGGUGGACGUCUACAUCACCCGCAAGGAAUAUUUCAUCUUCCUGGAGCUGGCCACUGGCCGGGAGGUCUUUGACUGGAUCCUGGACCAGGGCUACUAUUCAGAGAAGGACACUAGCAACGUCAUCCGGCAAGUGCUGGAGGCCGUUGCUUACCUGCACUCACUCAAGAUUGUCCACAGGAACCUCAAGCUGGAGAAUCUGGUGUACUAUAACCGUCUGAAGAACUCCAAGAUCGUUAUCAGUGAUUUCCACCUGGCCAAGUUGGAGAACGGACUUAUCAAAGAGCCCUGUGGCACCCCUGAGUACCUGGCUCCGGAGGUGGUGGGACGGCAGCGGUACGGGCGGCCAGUGGACUGCUGGGCCAUUGGUGUCAUCAUGUACAUCCUCCUCUCAGGGAAUCCCCCCUUCUACGAGGAGGCAGAUGAGGAUGACUAUGAGAACCAUGACAAGAACCUCUUCCGCAAAAUCCUGGCAGGAGACUAUGAGUUUGACCCACCAUACUGGGAUGACAUCUCACAGGCGGCCAAGGAGCUGGUGACACGCCUGAUGGAGGUGGAGCAGGACCAGAGAAUCACGGCGGAAGAGGCCAUCUCCCACGAGUGGAUCUCUGGCAAUGCUGCCUCUGACAAGAACAUCAAGGAUGGUGUCUGUGCACAGAUCGAGAAGAACUUUGCCCGAGCCAAGUGGAAGAAAGCCGUGCGAGUGACCACGCUCAUGAAGCGCCUUCGGGCGCCCGAGCAGACGGAGACGGCCUCUGCCCCGGCCCCGGCCUCGGCCCCGGCCUCGGCCCCGGCCCCGGCCUCGGCCUCGGCCUCGGCCCCGGCCCCGGCCUCGGCCCCGGCCCCGGCCCCGGCCGCUACCACUGCCACCACCGCUACCACCGCCGUCACCGCUGCUUCCAACGCUGCCACCGCCGCUUCCAACGCUGCCACCGCCGCCGCCGCCACCGAAGCCACCGCCGCCACGGACACUGCGGCCCCCGCGGCCUCGAGCACUCCGCCCGCCGCCGCGCAGACCCCGGCCCCCGCCACGCCUCCUGCCACCACGUGUAACGGGGACGGGGCUGCCACCACCGCGGCUGCCGCCCCCACCGAGGCCCCUGGCGAGCAGACCGGCUGAGCGGUGGUGGUCCUUGCGCCCCCUCUCUGUACAUAGCCCCCGGCAUGGUUUCCCCCCGCCCCGCACCCCCGCCUGCAUCCCCUUUUCUACGUGCCCCGACGGAGAGCCGGCCGCGGGGCAGAGCCCUGCAUGGAGCCCGUCCUCCCCGGCACCCCCCGGCCCUCACCCGGCUCCCUCGGUGGCUUUGCCGGUCGGUCUGCCCCCCGCACCCCUGCUGCUCUCUCAGUCUGUCCCUUGCCACUGUCCCUACCCCUGGGGAUGCCCAGAGAUACGGGGCAGUUCCCCCCGGCCACACCCCGCAGGGCUUGGGGGGUGUCGUGCGAGGUCCCCUGGGACACGCGUGCAUGUGCGGGACUGCAGGUGGGGUCUGCGCGGGGCGGUGGGGGUCCCCGACACCCUUCUCCGACCCGGGGCCCCGGGGGGAUGCACGUUGGAGGGAGGGGGGGAGGGUGCAACGGGGCCCCCCCUCCCGGGGGUAGCCACACAGCCCCCCCAAUGCCUCAUGUCUGGAGGAUCCCAAAUGUAGUGUCCCCCCGGUGCCUACCCUUUGUGGUCCCCGCUUCCCUCCCUCGCAGCUGCAUGCCUGCAGGGCCGGCUCUGCCUGAGGCUGCCGCCGGCACCCCGUAAGCCCGCGCCCCCUCCACACUGUAUCUCUGGCAAAUAAAGACCCCGCUGAGGACAAACUGAGACAGCACCAGCGCCGCC